ACCACGGAGGCUGGCUUUGAGUGUAAUUCUUCUCUGCUCACAACUUCACUUCUAGAUCGCAGCCAAGAUUGGAGGCGACGCAGCUACCACAGUGAAUAACAGCACUCCUGAUUUUGGUUUUGGGGGCCAAAAGAGGCAGUUAGAAGAUGGAGACCAACCAGAGAGCAAGAAGCUGGCUUCCCAGGGAGACUCCAUGAGUUCUCAACUCGGGCCCAUUCAUCCUCCCCCCAGGACUUCAAUGACAGAAGAGUACCGGGUCCCAGACGGCAUGGUGGGACUAAUCAUUGGCAGAGGAGGUGAACAGAUUAAUAAAAUCCAGCAGGACUCAGGCUGCAAAGUCCAAAUCUCUCCAGACAGCGGUGGCCUACCUGAACGCAGUGUGUCCUUGACAGGAGCCCCGGAGUCUGUGCAGAAAGCGAAGAUGAUGCUGGACGACAUUGUCUCCCGGGGCCGUGGGGGGCCCCCAGGCCAGUUCCAUGACAAUGCCAAUGGGGGCCAGAACGGCACAGUGCAGGAAAUCAUGAUCCCCGCGGGCAAGGCCGGCCUGGUCAUUGGCAAAGGCGGGGAGACCAUCAAGCAGCUGCAGGAACGGGCUGGAGUGAAGAUGAUUUUAAUCCAGGAUGGCUCCCAGAACACGAAUGUGGACAAACCGCUGCGGAUCAUCGGAGACCCUUACAAAGUGCAGCAAGCCUGUGAGAUGGUGAUGGACAUCCUGCGGGAGCGUGACCAGGGCGGCUUUGGAGACCGGAAUGAGUAUGGGUCCCGGAUCGGUGGGGGCAUCGAUGUGCCAGUGCCUAGGCAUUCUGUUGGUGUGGUCAUCGGCCGGAGUGGGGAGAUGAUCAAGAAGAUCCAGAAUGAUGCUGGUGUUCGGAUACAGUUUAAACAAGACGACGGGACAGGUCCUGAGAAGAUAGCACACAUCAUGGGACCCCCAGACCGGUGUGAGCACGCGGCGCGGAUUAUCAAUGACCUCCUCCAAAGCCUCAGGAGUGGUCCCCCAGGCCCUCCAGGGGGUCCUGGUAUGCCCCCAGGAGGCCGAGGUCGAGGUAGGGGCCAAGGCAACUGGGGCCCUCCAGGUGGGGAGAUGACCUUCUCCAUCCCCACGCACAAGUGCGGGCUGGUCAUCGGCCGAGGCGGCGAGAAUGUGAAAGCCAUAAACCAGCAGACAGGCGCCUUUGUAGAGAUAUCUCGGCAGCUGCCACCCAACGGAGACCCCAACUUCAAGCUGUUCAUCAUCCGGGGCUCACCCCAGCAGAUCGACCAUGCCAAGCAGCUCAUUGAGGAGAAGAUCGAGGGUCCCCUCUGCCCAGUCGGACCAGGCCCUGGGGGACCAGGCCCUGCCGGCCCCAUGGGGCCCUUCAACCCUGGGCCCUUCAAUCAGGGCCCACCUGGGGCUCCCCCUCAUGCUGGAGGCCCCCCUCCUCACCAGUACCCACCCCAGGGCUGGGGCAACACCUACCCUCAGUGGCAGCCGCCUGCUCCUCAUGACCCGAAUAAAGCCGCCGCUGCCGCUGCCGACCCCAACGCCGCCUGGGCCGCCUACUACUCACACUACUACCAGCAGCCCCCAGGCCCCGUGCCCGGCCCGGCCCCGGCCCCCGCGGCCCCGCCCACCCAGGGCGAGCCCCCGCAGCCUCCACCUGCUGGCCAGUCGGACUACACCAAGGCCUGGGAAGAGUAUUACAAAAAGAUCGGCCAGCAGCCCCAGCAGCCUGGAGCACCCCCGCAGCAGGACUACACGAAGGCCUGGGAAGAGUACUACAAGAAGCAGGCUCAAGUGGCUACCGGAGGGGGUCCAGGAGCACCCCCGGGUUCCCAGCCAGACUACAGUGCCGCCUGGGCUGAAUAUUACAGACAGCAAGCCGCUUACUACGGACAGACUCCAGGUCCCGGCGGCCCCCAGCCUCCACCCACACAGCAGGGACAGCAGCAGGCAAGUGGGAAUUGCCACCCUCCUCCUCCUCCUUUCUCCUUCCAACCCCCGGCCACCGUCCAUCCUGCCUUAGUGGGUAGCGCCGGAAACCCCUUCCCCUGCGGGGUGUGUCCUUGAUGCCUGCAGCGGGGGCCGUGUGGCCAGAGGUCUCCGGGAGCCCCCACGAGCUGGGGGAAGUGUGCGCUGGGUCCAGAGGUUAAAGAAGAGGCCUCUCCGCCGGCCCGCUUGUUCCUGUGUAACGCUGUCGUGAUGCUGGGGGAGAGCGCGCAGCAGAUAAAAGGAGGAACUGUUGAACUGGUGGGUAGUCCUGGGGGUGGGGGGCAGGCCAUCCGCUCAGCCGGAGGUCGCCAUCCCGGCUGCUGACUCGCUCACUCACAAUCUGGCCACUUGGGAAGAAAACGGAUAUUUUUGCCCCUCUCUGCAUUACUCUCAUGGUUUUUGUUCUUUUGACUCUUAUUUUUAAACCCACGAUCUCUCCCCGCGUGUCCAAGUGACUGUGUGUGCUGCCAGCUGCCCCGUGGGGCCCGGCCACAGCUCUGGGGGCCGGGGGCGGUGCCAAGGGGCCCGGCCGCAGGGCCCGCCCGCCACGCCCAGGCUCGGCCUCUGCUCUCGCGCCUGCGCCCGCCUCGUGUCCCGGUCUUGUCUGUGAAGUGGGCAUGACGAUCGCUGCCACCUUCCAACCUACCUCACAGGGGUGUUGUGGGGACACCGUGAUCUCUGGUUGUCAUGUCGUGAUGCGCCGGGAGCUGCCCGCCCGCCCGCCUUCCUGAAGACACAGGGCACCCCUCUCCCCGCCGCCCCCAGCCCUGAGCGCUUCUCUCUCGCUCUCUCGCUCUCUCUGUGCGGCCCCUGCUUCUCCUUCCUGUGUCACUCUCCUCCAUCUCAGAGCCAGUCUGACUGCAGCCAGUCCCAGAGCACUGACUAGACAGCUACAAACACAUCCUUCCAGCCUGCGCUUGCCACAGGCUCAGGAGAGGGGCUUCCUGGCCCCCUCCUUGCCACUUAACCCCAGUCUCCCGCCCCGACCCCCUCCCCACCCCGUAGUGACCAAUUCCUAUCUCUUCCCUCUCCGCAGGCUCAAUGAAUCGAAUGAAUGUGAACUUCUUCAUCUGUGAAAAUCUUUUAUUAUUUUUUUUUCCAUUUUGUUCUGUUUGGGGGCUUUUUUUCGUUUGUUUUUUUUCCGUUUGUUUGUCGAGAGAGCGAUGGCUGCCAAGGGGGGUGCCGGGGGAGCCCUCCCUGUGAGUGGCUUGGGGGUCGUGGCACGGGCAGUGCCAGGCUCUCGCUCUCUCGCUCAUUCUGUGUGUCUCAUAUGCUUUUUUUCUUUCAAAAUUGGGAUCCUUCAUCUUGAGCCAGCCAGAGAAGAUAGCGAGAACUAAAUCUCUGCAAAAAAAAAAAAAAAUUAAAGUUAAAAACUAAAAAAGCAAAACAAAACUUAUAAAAUUAUAUAUAUAUAUAUAAAAAAUCUCUAUCGUCCCCCACCCCGCCCCAGCCUUCCUGAAACUGCCUCUUUCAGGAGAAAGCAAUUCAUUCACUCCCUGCGACCACCCUUGGCCCUCUUCAUGUUUUUAAAAUAAACUUUUAAAAAAGGAA